AUUUCCAUUCUCAACCUCUGGACCUCACACUCUUCCUACUUCCUUUUGCUCUCUCCGCCUGGCUUCGUUUCCACUCCUCCUCCUUCGCACUCUAUAACUCUUACCCAUAAAGGUCUUCCAUGGAAGCUUCCAACUCCGACCUUUUGGUGCUUGACAACAUCAGCAGCUAUGUGCUCGGCGAGUUGUCGCCUUGCACCUCCUUCCUUCUCGAUGAUAUGUUAGCUCGAUGUGGUUUCCCAGGUUUCGGCUCCACCAUGACGGUUUCCGAUAACGGAUUUGAUGGUUCAGAUGUUCUCUCGGAGAAGUCCUGUGCAUCCGUGGCUUCCGGGUUGGGAGAUAACGUUAUGGUAGGGAAGAUGCAUGAACUCAGCGAUUCAUCGCGGAAUUCUCAAGGCCUGAAGGAUUCGAACUCGAAAUCCGGACUUGUCGAACCGAAGGCUGAGGCUUUCGACAUUUCUUUUGAGACCGAUCGAUUCCCUGUGGUCUCUGGCUUUGAAUCGCCGAUCUGGGAUGUUCAAAAGAUCGGCCUCCAAGGCUCCUUUAGUGCCGAUGCUCACCGGCUCGCCGGUGGAAGUUCCUCUACCCUAGACGAGAGUUGCGGUACUGUUGCUACUGCUCUCCCCGGCGGUGCCGUCAAGCGACGCCGACCUGCACCGCUGAACAUACAGGCGGCGCCUUCGACACAGGAAAUACACUACCGGGGUGUCAGGCGUCGUCCAUGGGGGAAGUUCGCUGCCGAAAUCCGGGAUCCCGCUAAGAACGGGGCUAGGGUUUGGCUGGGGACAUUUGACACGGCGGCUGAGGCAGCCCGGGCGUACGACCGUGCGGCGUUCGAGAUUAGGGGGUGCAAGGCCAUCCUUAACUUCCCGCUGGAGGCCGGCCGGUUCCGGCAGGAAAGCGGAUGCGUAGCCAGCAAGAAGAGAAAAACCGGCGGAAACGAGUCAGAAGACGCCAAGCCGGUUGUGGCCAAGAAGAAGCACCAGGAGGCGGUAAAGAAUCCUGACGCCGGGGUACCGGAGGGGGCGCCUCUCACACCGUCUGUCUGGUCCAACGUUACUGAGCUCAACGGGAUCUUCACCAUCCCUCCGUUGUCUCCGGUGUCCCCACACCCCUACUUGGGAUAUCCACAACUCGUGGUCAGUUAGAGGUUCUCAUUUCGGUGCGUCCGUUGCCUGUCGGAAAAAUAUUCCAGCGCGGCAGGAAAUUGAAAUAUUCCAGCCAUGGUAACCACAUUACUGUUCCCAAGCUGAAACGGGAUGCAAAUGUAACAUACCUGUUCAUUAAAUCCAUUGUUUUUAGCUGUUCUUCUUGACAUCAAAAACUGAUGUCCAUUAAGAACAGAAAACAGAUUGUUGCAUACGUUUAGUGUUUCUUCAAAAUUAUUUCCAGCAACAUGUCGAGAGAUUAUCUUCUCCAAU